UCACUCACAAUUCGCAUUCGACCGACGUCUUGGUUAAAGAGUUUCGGGGAUAUUUUGAUAAUGACUUGACUUCUGCCGACUGAAGCCGUGGCAGGCAAAUAGCGAAUUGAAACAAACGAAACGUAUUAUCUAUUAAGUACCAGUUGUAGUAAACAGAAGGAAGAUAAAAAGAAAAUAAAAAUUGUUAGUCACAUAUUAGAGUUAAGCGAACCGGAUUUAUUAUACCGUGUCUAUAAACGAAGAGUGAGAGAAAAGUAAUUCAGCCGGCUACAGAUCGAAUAUAUUUUGUCGCAUUGUACUGAUCGAUAACUAUUCUGGUGUUUGUGUUGGUGUGUGAAUUUCGUUCUUUUUUUCCAACUUGAAUCCAAAAAUACCUGUGAGGAUCGUCAGUUUUUCAUUUUACCACCGAUUUCACAACGACUUGGAUCGUGCCUAAUCCAAGAUGAAUCGACAACAGUCUAAUCAACAGACUCAGCCUGGUAGGCAGACACAGCAACAGCAACAAACUACGACCACUCAACAACAGCAGCAACAAUCGUAUACCCAGCACAGGACCGAGCAGCAGAUUACAAGGCAGCAGGUCACCAGUCAACAGAGAGUACAAGGAGAAAUUGUAAUGCAGUCGACGCCCACCAUACCAGCGUUCACGGGAAGGCCAGGUGAUCCAUCACCGCCAGUGUUCGAGCAGAUCUUUAAGAACGCACGAUUCGCACAAGGUGGCAAUGCCACCUUCGAGGGUCGUGUCCGUGGCAACCCAAAGCCCUCGGUAUCUUGGACCCACAAGGGUGUACCCCUUUUCGAGUCACAGAAAAUCCACAUGUCCUACGACGACAGGACUGGUAUCGUGAUUCUCCAGAUAAAUCAAAUCGGACCUGGUAACGAGGGCGAAUACACCUGCAGUGCGAAGAACCAAUAUGGCGAAGCCAUCUGCUCCGUGUACAUCCAGCCGGAAGGAUUUGGACCUCCGCCACAGCAGCAGGUGGGCGGUUACCAAAAGGAGUUCGCUCAGACCUUCAAGACGAGUGAACAAAGAACUGGAGGUCAAAACAUUCAGCAACAUAGCUAUCAACAAUCGAUCGAAAAACAGAGCUACACCAAUGGAACAAUUAUUGAAGAUUUCAAAGUUGACACCUUCGAGUAUAGACUGCUACGAGAAACGGAGUAUCGCGAAUCCAUAACUCGUCGAUACGUCGGUGAGUCUGACGCCCAGAUUUCGACCACCAUCGAUAGAUCUUUGGGACCGGUUGCACCACCCCAAAUCAAUCAAAAGCCCAGAAACUCGAAGCUCGUCGAGGGCUCUGACGCCGUCUUUACCACUAAAAUCUCCGCGAAUCCAAAACCAAGAUUGACCUGGUUCAAAAACGGGCAAAGGAUUCGCGAGUCACAGCACGUGGAAAUUACCCAUUCGAAUCAACAGGCUUCUCUGAAGAUUCGAGGAGCGCGCUCAGAUGAUGGUGGUCACUAUACUGUGCUGGCUGAAAAUCCCCAGGGAUGUACAGUGAGCUCGGCGUAUCUCGCUAUUGAGUCAAACGAUCAAGUCGACCAAGCCUACACUCAGAACCAGCAAAAAGACACGCUGAAAAGUACUCAUGUCGAAAGCUCCGAGACUACAGAGGCUGGAAAAGUCCUGCCACCAAAUUUUGUUCGCACAUGUGCCGAUCGCGACGUUACCGAGGGAAAAAUGACACGGUUUGAUUGUCGCGUAACCGGCCGCCCAUACCCAGAAGUAAGCUGGUACAUAAACGGCUUCCAAGUAGCAAACGACGCGACUCACAAGAUUCUCGUAAACGAAUCCGGUAACAACUCGCUGAUGAUAACGAACGUGAGCCGAGCAGACACGGGCAUCGUGACAUGCGUAGCAAGAAACAAGGCCGGCGAAACUUCGUUCCAAUGCAACUUGAACGUGAUCGAAAAAGAACAAGUCAUAGCCCCAAAAUUCGUAGAGCGCUUCACAACAAUGAACGUCAAGGAAGGAGAGCCCGUUGUUUUCAGCGCUAGAGCAGUUGGCACUCCGAUACCACGAAUUACUUGGCAGAAGGAUGGUGUGCCGAUUGCGCCCGGCCCCGAAGUGCGCAUAUCAACGGACGGCAGUGGAGCCUCGACGUUGGAUAUUCCUUUCGCGAGAGCAUCGGAUGCUGCGUGGUACCAGUGUACCGCGCAAAACGUGGCCGGUUCCACUGCCACCCGAGCCCGUCUUUUCGUCGAAACACCAAAAGGAGCCGUCCCCGAACCAAGACGCCUGAACUUACCACGACCGACGAAAGUCAUCGAACCAGAACCUGCACCUGGCCCUGAAGUAAUCUAUUUGAGGCACGUGGAGCGUGCGAAGCCACAUUUGCCGAGCCAGGAGGAGGACAGAAUUUAUCCACCUCCACAGUUUAUCAUCCCGCUCCGUGACGCCCACCAGAUCGAGGGUGGGCGGCAGCACUUCGAGGCCAGGAUCGAACCGGUGGGCGACCCCACAAUGAGGGUCGAAUGGUACGUCAACGGAAGAGCUUUGGACGCCAGCUCUCGAGCAAACUCAAUCUUUAGAUUUGGCUUCAUCGCCCUGGAUCUUAUCAGCAUUGUGUUGAACGAUGCCGGCGAAUACUUAUGCCGUGUAAUCAGUUCGACAGGCGUUGCCGAGUCCCGCGCGACCCUCAAUGUCACCGCUCGUGCAACGAUUGAACAGACCAGUCAACAUCCGGAUAGCCUACAAUACAUUCAACAGCUAGAAGACUACAGCAGAUAUCAAAGACAGGAGAGCUUUGAGGAAACCUCUUCACAGCGGCCGGUAUUCAUCCGCCCACUCCACGAACUUGGCGAACUUCAGGAGGGCCGCAAUGCCCACUUUGAAGCUCAGCUGACACCCGUUAGCGAUCCAACCAUGAAAGUGGAGUGGUACAAGGAUGGAAAACCGAUCACAGCCAGCUCAAGAAUCACAACCAUCUUCAACUUCGGUUACGUCUCACUUAAUAUUAUGCACCUACGAGUUGAAGAUGCCGGUUCUUACACAGUCAGAGCUGUGAACCGCUUGGGAGAGGCUAUCAGCACAGCAUCUCUUCAUGUCUUUGCACGCACUAGCGUUACUUCUGACCUCGGCAUUCCCGAGCAGCAGAAGUACAUCGAGGCUGCCGAAGAACUGGAGGCAUACCAGCAAGCGAUGCACCAGAAAUACACUCAGGAGCAACCUGAACGCAUUACCCCACCGGAAUUUAAGACGCCCAUUAAGGACCAGAACAGUGUCCGGGAGGGCGGGUUCGCUCAUUUCGAGGCCCGCCUCGAGCCAGUCGGCGACUCCACGCUACGCGUCGAAUGGCUCAAGGACGGACGUCCAGUAGAAGCUAGUUCACGAAUCACAACCUUCUUCAACUUCGGUUACGUAGCACUGACCAUCAAGUAUGUAACAAUCCACGAUGUUGGCGUCUACACCUGCCGGGCAUACAACGCAGCAGGUGAAGCACGAACUACAGCGCAGCUGAGCGUUAUCAGCAAGAACGACGUGAUAUACGACAGUCAGCACCCCGGCGGACUGCAAAAAAUUCAAUCACUCGAAGAUUCGAGUCGCUAUUCUCGUCAGGUACAAGAAGAGACCCAGGUGAAACAAGCUCCUCGCUUCCUGGGACCACUGAAGGGAACUAACAAAAUUGUCGAAGGCCAACGUGCCCACUUCGAAGCACGCGUUGAACCUCAGAGUGACCUCACAAUGAAGAUCGAGUGGUACCACAAUGGCAAGGCCAUCACCGCUGCCAACAGGAUUCAAACCUAUCACGAUUUCGGAUAUGUUGCCAUUGAUAUUCUUCAAGUACGUGCCGAAGAUGCUGGCACUUAUACCGUUGUAGCAAGGAACGCUCUUGGAGAGGCACAGUUAUCAGCAACUAUGAUAGUAGAAACUCGUUCAAGCAUCGACACGAGCAGCAUGCAUCACGGCACGUACGAAAAGACUCAGCGUCUCGAGGGAUCAAAGUUCGUAGAGCCUCAGUACCACAUUGAAGAAAUCUCAAAGUCGAAGCCUAUUUUUGUCCAGCCACUGUCUGACCCGAAACCCGUCAGCGAGGGUAAAAAUAUUCAUUUAGAAUGCCGUCUGGAACCUAUGGGAGAUCCUACAAUGCGUGUUGAAUGGUUCCAAAAUGGACGUCCAGUAACCGUCGGCUCCAGAUUCCGCACUUACUAUGACUUUGGCUUUGUUGCUCUCGAUAUCGUGCACACGACGGCCUUAGACUCUGGCGAAUACACGGUCAGAGCUACAAACCAUCUGGGCACAGCUCAUACCUCAGCGUGUGUUCGGGUAAUCGGAAGAUCGGAUAUUGUAACCGAUUCCCAAAACGAGCAAUCAUUGGAGCAGAUUCAGAUGCUUGAAGAUGCGUCAAGGUACCGCAGAACUCAGCAAGAGGAUGUUACAGUCCUACAGGCACCGCAAUUCAGCAGACCUCUACAUAACAUCGAAACUGUUGAACUAACAAAUGUACACCUGGAGUGCCGCCUUCAGCCGGUUGGCGACUCGACCAUGCGAGUUGAAUGGUUCGUCAAUGGACGUCCAGUGACCACUGGUCAUCGCUUCAGGCCUUCAUACGAGUUCGAUUACGUUGCUCUCGAUAUUUUGGGCGUUUAUCCCGAAGACUCUGGUGUUUACACCUGCCAAGCCCGAAAUCAACUUGGAGAAGCUGUUACUUCCUGUUCCGUUCGUGUUCACGCGAAAAAGGACUUGAUGCUUGAGACUCAGCAUCCGGAAGGGUUGGAAAAGAUCCAAUACCUUGAAGACGCGUCUAGAUACAAGAGGAACGAGCUUGUUGACGAAGUUGUUAACGUCAAACCCAGGUUUAUCACGAAACCGAAAAACCAGGAGAAUAUGCGAGAGGGACAGCACGCUCACUUUGAAUGCAAACUUGAACCGGUUACGGAUUCCAAUUUGAAAGUGGAGUGGUUUAAGAAUGGUCGUCCAGUAACUAUAGGACACCGAUUCCGUCCCAUUCACGACUUUGGCUACGUUGCCCUGGACGUAAUUGACUUGAUAGCCGAAGAUUCUGGUACAUACACCUGCCGUGCCGUGAAUCUAGUUGGAAGUGACGAGGCAGUCUGCACUCUGGGCUGCCGGUCAACCGCACAAAUCCUAACAGACACGCAGAACGAAGUCGGCCUCGAACAGAUUAAUUACCUCGAGGAUAAGUCAAAGUACCAAAGACAAGAAGUGGUCGAAGAAACCACAACUCAGGCACCAAUCUUCACUACGUCUCUGAAGAACGUUGAGAUUAAAGAAGGCCAAAGGGCUCACUUCGAAUGUCGCCUCAUUCCAGUUUCUGACCCAACAAUGAAAGUCGAGUGGUUCCACAACCACAAACCAGUCAAGGCUGGCUCCAGAUUCAUCGAAACUAAUAACUUCGGAUUUGUCGCACUAGACAUCAUGUAUGCCUACCCGGAGGAUUCCGGAAGUUACACUUGUCGGGCUCGCAACGCCAUCGGUGAAGCCAUCACCUCAGCGACCGCAAUUGUGCACUCCAAGAAAUCGAUAUACAUGGAAUCCCAGCACGAAGAAGCUCUUCAACGGCUUCAGCAUCUUGAGGACUCUUCGCGUUACCAGCGCAAGAGUGUACAGGAGGAGACCGUUUCCCAGGCACCCGUUUUCACCAUGCCUAUCAAGGACCUUCGUGUUGCCGAAAAUCAGGCAGCGCACUUUGAAGCACGGGUCAUUCCGGUUGGUGACCCCAGACUUAAGGUCGAGUGGUUGCGAAAUGGCGUACCGAUUUCUGCCUCCAAUCGAGUAACUACCAUGCAUGACUUUGGAUACGUUGCGCUGAACCUGAAAUACGUGAACCCUGAAGACUCUGGAUCAUAUACUUGCCGUGCAGUAAAUGAUCUCGGCGAAGCAGUAACAUCAGCUACAAUGUUUGUUCAAUCUAAGGCAGCCCUUCAGUUCGAAUCACAACACGAAAGCGCUUUGACCAAAAUUCAAGCUCUGGAGGAUACCAGCAAGUACCAGCGUCGUGAAGAAGAAGAAAUUCUUGUCAAGGAUAAACCUUCCUUCACUGUGCAGCUCAAUGGGCCCACAAACCUGGUUGAAGGCCAAAGUGCACACUACGAAUGUCGCAUUGAACCUUACCCCGACCCGAACAUGAAGGUCGAGUGGUUCCACAACGGUAAGCCUUUGUCCACCGGGCAUAGAUACAGAACAGCUUGCGACUUUGGCUUCGCUGCUAUGGAUGUACUGAGCGUUUAUGCCGAAGACUCUGGCACCUAUACCUGCAGGGCCACUAACAAACUUGGCUCAGCCGAGAGCUCCAUCAAUCUUGACGUGAAAUCUCGCGCUUCCAUCAUCAGCGAUACUCAACAUGAAGGAGCAUUGCAAAAGAUUCAGUACCUUGAAGAUGAUUCACGGUACAAGCGUGUCGCUCCCGAAGAUACGGUAAUUGCUGAAAGGCCGAAGUUCGGACGGCCCUUGAAGAACAUCGAGCAUCUUCCCGAGGGAAAAAACGCUCAUUUGGAAGCUACACUGACACCAGUAAACGACCCUACGAUGGUAGUCGAAUGGUACAGGGAUGGUCGACCGAUUCCACAGGGCCACAAAUUCAAGACUACCUACGACUUUGGAUAUGUCGCCUUGGACAUCUUGUACGCUUACCCAGAAGACUCAGGCACCUACAUGUGCAAGGCUAGGAAUGCUGUUGGAGAAGCAGUGACGACCUGUGUGAUAUCCGUCGACUCCAAGCAAGGCCUUUUCCUUGAUACUCUCGAUGCUCAACGCUUGCAAAAGAUUCGAGAAUUGGAGACCGUUGAGGUAAAGCAAGUCGCGGAGAAGGAAAUUGUACACCAGAAGCCCGUGUUCAUAACGCCACUGAACAACCUGGAUCACCUCAAGGAAGGUGAACAUGCCCAUCUUGAAUGUCGCGUCGAGCCCAUCAAUGACCCAAAUUUAAAGAUAGAAUGGUUCGUAAAUGGCGUGGCAAUCAAAACGGGCCACAGAUUCCGUACAACUCACGACUUCGGCUAUGUGGCUCUUGACAUUUUAUACACUUAUUCUGAAGAUUCUGGUACUUACAUGUGCAAGGCCACCAAUCUAGCGGGCGAGGCGGUCAAUACUUGUACCAUCAAGGUUGCCUCUCGCCGCAGCAUUUUAUUUGAUAGCCAGCAUCCCGAUGGGCUCGAAAAAAUUCGAGAACUUGAAUCUCAAGGCCACCCUGCUCGUUUGGAGGUUGAAGAGCCCGCAGUCAGUCCACCAAGGUUCAUCUCUGAGCUUAGAGGAACCACUGAAGUAUACGAAGGCCAAACAGCACACUUUGAGUGCCAGGUUGAACCUCUGCAUGAUCCCAAUCUCCGUAUCGAGUUCUUCCACAACGGAAAGCCUUUGCCAUCUGCUGCACGGUUCCACAUCACAUUUGAUUUCGGUUAUGUGGCUCUGGAUAUCGGCCACUCAGUACCAGAAGAUGCCGGCGAAUACUCUGUUCGCGCAAUUAACAAUCUUGGACAAUGCGUGUCGUCCAUCAGCCUCAAGGUUAUCCCUCGAGAAAACAUUAUCUUGGACUCCCAGCGCCCAGAAGGCAUGGAUAAAAUCCGUGAAUUAGAAUCCCAGCAGCCCUGGAAGAGACCGGAUGUUCCUGAACCCCAAACCAGGCAACGGCCCGUUUUUACUCAACCUCUGCAAAACAUUGAUGCUAUACCCGAAGGACAAACAGCUCACUUCGAGUGCAGACUAAUUCCGGUAGGAGAUCCAACUCUGAAAGUAGAGUGGUUCAGAAACGAGAAGCCGCUCGAAACUAGCUCCCGCAUCACGAAAGUACACGACUUUGGAUACGUGUCACUAGACAUCUCGCAUAUUCGUGAUGAAGAUGAGGGUGUCUACAUGUGUAGAGCAUCCAACCCACUGGGUGAAGCUGUAACCACCGCUUCAAUGAGAAUCAAAACUAAGGCAAACAUUCAGCUUGAGACACAACAUCCAGAGGCUCAGCAAAGAAUUGCGCAGCUUGAAGCUGACAAGGGUCCAAGUCGCCCCGAAGAACCGGAUAGAAUAUUCGACAAGCCCAUUUUCACACAGCUUCUGACUGGUCCUUCCGAACUUUGGGAAGGUCAAGUGGCUCACUACGAGUGCAGGGUGGUCCCAGUUGGAGAUCCAAGCUUGAGAUUCGAGUGGUUCGUGAACGGCGUUGAAUUAAAAAUGGGAUCUCGCUUCCACGUUACUCAUGACUUUGGUUUCGUGACGUUGGAUAUUCUGAAGGUAAUAUCCGAGGACUCGGGACUUUACACCUGCAAGGCGAUCAACAAAUCCGGUGAGGCAGUGUCCUCUAUAUCUCUGAAGGUCAAAUCCCGUUCAAACAUUGUGGGUGACUCACUGCAGCCCGAAGCUUGGCAAAAGAUUCAAUUGAAGGAAGCUGAGAUGAACAAGGUUCCAGAAAUGUUCAUUGACACUACACCACAACAAGCGCCAGUUUUUACCACGCAUUUAAAGAGCUACGACAAACUUACCGAGGGUCAGCAUGUCUAUUUGGAAGCUCAGGUUGAACCCAGAGCUGAUCCAAACCUUCGCGUUGAAUGGUUUAAAAACGGCGUACCUCUUCAGACCGGAACUCGUCUGCGUAGCACCUUUGAUUUCGGUCUUGUCAGUCUCUCGAUCAAUGGAGUUCGCGACGAUGACUCUGCGAUAUAUACGUGCAAAGCAACGAAUUUACUUGGUGAGGCUGUGUCCACCUGCACCUUAAAGGUCCAUGACCGCCACUGGCUGCUUGGAGACACUCUUCAUCCAGAUGCACUGCCCAAGAUCGAUGCUCUUGAGCAACCGAUAGUCUCUUCCACCGAGCAGCCAGAAGCUACGUAUGAAGAACCCGUGUUCAUCACGCACUUGAACAACGUGGAGUGCAAAGAAGGUGACAAUGUUCAUUUCGAGUGUAAUGUGGAGCCCUCUAAAGAUCCGACGAUGAAAAUCGAGUGGUUCGUCAAUGGUAAGCCUCUUCCAACUGGUGCCAGAUUCAAGUCAACGUAUGAUUUUGGCUACGUAGCACUUGACGUCAAUCACGCCUAUGAGGAAGACUCUGGCCUUUAUACCGUCAAGGCUACAAACUCCAAAGGAACUGCACAAACCACUGGAACCCUUAAAUGCACCAGCAAGCAAAAUAUCUUCUUGCAAACUCAACAUCCUCAGGGUGAAGCUGGACUUGAGAAGGUUAAGGAGGCUGAAGAUGCCUACCUCUCCAAAUACCAAAGGCAAGAUUCCGGGCCUGAACACGAAUUCCCGAAACCGAUUUGGAUUGUUCCUCUUCAGCCCGAAUUUAAGCUUGGAGAAUCCGAACCACUACAUCUUGAAGGGCAGGUAGAACCCAAAGAGGAUCCUAAUCUGAAGAUCGAAUGGUACUUCAACGGUAAAGUACUUGAACACGGUGCCCGCUUCAAGAUGACAAGUGAUUUUGGCUUUGUGACACUUGACCUCACUGACGUUUACGAUCGAGAUUCUGGAAUUUACACCUGCAAGGCAUACAAUAAGGCUGGAGAAGCUUUCACUUCCACCACCAUAUAUUGCUCGACAAAAGAAAACGUCAUUGAGAGAUCACAGCAUCCUAAGGGUAAGGAGGGACUUGAAGCUAUUCAGGACCUCGAGGAGUCGCUAAAGAAACCUGAUGGCACUCCUAUUGAAAGUGACGAAGGUCACCCGCCAGUUUUCACUUCGCAAUUCGAAAAUCUGACCAAUUUGUCGGAAGGGGAAAUAGCUCAUUUUGAGGCAUCUUUGACACCGGUUGGUGAUCAAACCAUGGUAGUUGAAUGGUUCUACAACGGAAAACAAUUGGAAGCUAGUCACAGGACAAGAACCGUCUACGCCUUUGGCAUGGUUGUUCUUGAAGUACUAGGAACAAAGAUCGAAGACUCUGGCACGUACACCUGCAGAGCUACGAACAAGUGGGGCAAGGCUGAAAUCAGUGUCAAUCUUGAAUGUGUUGAUAAAUCGAAGGGCCAAAAGCCUAAGUUCACCACCCAGAUCCAAUCUCUUGAAGGACUCAAAGAUGGGCAAUCCGUGCACUUUGAAUGCACCCUGAUCCCAGUUGGUGACCCCAACAUGAAGGUAGAAUGGUUCCACAAUGGACAACCGCUCAGACACUCCUCUCGAUUCAAGAUGGUGUCCGACUUUGGUUUCGUAGUCAUGGACAUUGCUGGCGUUAUGUCCCACGACACUGGUGAGUACGUUUGCAAGGCCAGUAACAAAUUCGGUGAAGAUUACACGAAAGCCACGAUAAAAUGUUUCGGAAAGAGUGGCGUAUACCUCGAUUCGCUACAACCGGACUCUCUGGCUCGCAUUCGUGAACUUGAGAGUUUGGGCGGUGAGCAGCCGGCUACUCCGACAACCCCGGUUACAGAGCCACCAAAAUUCAUCACACAAAUUUCAAACAUCACGAAACUUGUCGAAGGACAGUCCGCUCACUUCGAAGCUAGACUUACACCGGUAACUGAUCCCGAUCUCGUCGUCGAAUGGUACUAUAACGGCAAAAAACUUCCACAUGGUCAUCGCUACAGAACUUUCCAUGAUUUUGGUAUCGUUAUCCUGGAUAUUCUGUACUGUUACGAAGAAAACUCUGGCGAAUACGAGUGCAGAGCCGUUAACAAAUACGGGCAAGAUUCUACCAAGGCCACCUUGAGAUGUCUGUCCAAGGCUAACCUCAUCCUUGACUCACAAUUACCUAAGGGAAUGGAAGGUGGGCUGGAGAAAAUCCAAACACUUGAAGAUUCCUUGAUACGCACCAAGGAUGACAAGACUGUGGAAGAGCGUGGCAAGGCUCCGGUGUUUACCGUUCCACUGAGCAACGUUGACGGUCUUCGAGAAGGGGAAAGUGCACACUUUGAGGCACGAAUCACACCUACUGACGAUCCAAAACUAAAGGUCGAAUGGUUCUGGAACGGAAAACCCCUGCGUACGGGAUCACGAUUCCGCACGUUCUGCGAUUUUGGUUUCGUAAUUCUAGAGAUAUCACCUAUCUACCCCGAAGAUACCGGAGAGUACAGUUGCCGUGCAACUAACGACUAUGGUGAAGCAGUGACAACUUGCACUUUGAAAUGCACAGGCAAACGCAACAUUAUAUUGGAGUCGCAGUUACCCAAGGGCAUGGAAGGAACAAUCGAUAAAAUCGCAGAACUCGAAGGCCUCGGAAACGAGCCGGGAAUGCCGAGCCCUGACGAUGACACUGGUAAACCACCAGAGUUUAUCACAACGCCAUCAGAUUUGACAUUGGGAGAGAACUCUCUGGCUCAUUUCGAGUGCAGACUCCAGCCGGUGAACGAUUCGAGCAUGCGCGUCGAAUGGUAUCACAAUGGAAAGGCACUUUUAGCGGGAUCCAGAGUCAAGACCAUUCACGACUUUGGAUUUGUUAUCCUUGAAGUUGCUAACUGCUACCAGCGUGACUCUGGCUUAUACACCUGCAAAGCAACAAAUCGUCAUGGUGAAGCAACCGUAUCGUGCAAACUCCAAGUUCGAGGACGUCAAGGAAUUAUUCUGGAGCCUCAGCUGCCAACAAACUUCAAGAGCGGUACUGAAAGCAUUCAAAAGCUAGAGGAAUCUCUGCACAAAGAAGAAGAAAUUUUAUCAGAAGACGAAAAACCAAAUCCACCGAGAUUUACUGUCGAGUUGAAGGACAUUCAAGUCGAAGAAGCUGCACCAAGCCACUUCGACUGCCGCGUAGAACCGGUUGGAGACUCUACCAUGCGCAUUGAUUGGUUCCACAAUGGCAGACCAUUCGCCACAGGAUCCCGCGUUCAUAUGAUCAACGAUUUUGGCUUCAUAUCUCUAGACUUAUCCUACACUUAUGCUAGAGAUUCAGGUGAAUACGUUUGCCGGGCUACUAAUAAGUGGGGAUCAGCAACGACCAAGGCAUCCAUAAUCUGCAAGUCCAAGAAAACGAUCGAUUACGAUUCGCAAUUGCCAUCCGGUAUGAGCGCAGAGAAACUGAAAGAGUUGGAACGCGGACCUGUCAGCGUUGCUCCUGCAGCAGAUGCGCCUCGUCAACCGCCAAAGUUCAUUACGCAGAUCCAGUCUGCAACGGUUGAUGAAUCGGAACCAGUCAGGUUUGAGUGUCGCGUUGAGCCGAGAGAUGAUCCAAAUCUACGAAUCGAGUGGUACAGGAAUGGAAAACUCAUUCCGGCUGGACACAGAUAUAGAACCACUUAUGAUAUGGGUUUCGUAUCCAUGGAUGUCUUGUACGUUUAUCCUGAAGAUUCCGGUGAAUACGUCUGCAAGGCGAUCAAUGACUUGGGAGAAGACACAACCCGUGCCUCAGUUUCUUGCAAGAAACUGCCAAGCAUUAUUCUUCAAAAUCAAGUACCAAAGGGUAUGAAAAAGUCUGAAGCCUUGAUGCAAAUGGAAGCGACAAUCAAAAAGUACACCUCGGAGGUCCAUUUGACCGAAGACGACCUUUAUGACGCUGAUAAGAAACAGCCACCACGCUUCGUUACUCAAAUCCAGAAUCAAACUGAGUUGAUCGAAAUGAAUAGCACUAAAUUUGAAUGCCAGUUGGCACCGGUUGGCGACCCUAACAUGAAGGUCGAAUGGUUCUUCAACGGAAAAGCGCUACCCCAUAAAAACAGGUUUACUCCGAUAUACGAUUUCGGUUACGUUGCCAUGAACUUCGGGUGGGUUUACCCGGAAGACAGUGGCGAAUACUUAUGCAGAGCAACCAAUUUAUACGGUAUGGAUGAAACAAGAGCUGUCAUCAAAACCGCUGGAAAACCUGGCAUCAUAUACGAGUCGCAACUCCCCAAGGGAAUGAAGAGUAUCGAGAAAAUCAGAGAGAUGGAAGCUGCUUGGCAAGUUGUUCCAGAGGAAGAAGGUGAAGAUGAAAAGCCUCGAGCCCCACCAGCGUUCGUAAGUAAGCCGGAACCCGCCACAGUUGAGGAAAGUGACUGGGCCCGAUUCUGUUGUCGCGUAACUGGUCAUCCAAGACCUCGGGUAAUGUGGUUGGUUAACGGAAACACUAUCUUCAACGGAACUCGUUACAAGCUGACAUACGAUGGAAUGUAUCAUUUGGACAUACCCAAGACAAGGCAAUACGAUCACGGUAAGGUUGAGGUGAUCGCGCGCAACUCCGUUGGAGAAACACGAACCGAGACAACUCUGACUGUCAAACCACGUACGGACGAUUACCGUGGAGUGCUGAAAAAUUCACCACGACCGUGGUACGAUUUCGGGUUGAGCCAGUACCAGACUGACCGUCAAAAUACAGAGCUGGAACGCGUCUUUGACGAGCGACACCAGACCGUGUCGCAGGGCGUAGACAUCGCCACUGACCAUUUGACUCAGAAGAUUUACAAAGAGCCAGAAACCGAAUGGCAAAAAUCCGUCAAGACAAAGAAGAACGAAGAUUACUACAACAAGUUGAUGAACCUCGAGGAGGAGCAAGUCCUAAAGGAAACGAGACUAAGGGAAAGCAGCCAUCAAUUCGCCAUUCCCGGAGAAAAAUUGGUCGAGAACUCCGUGGCCAAGGGAAUGGCCCAAAAGUACCAGGAAAACUUGCAAGCCCAACCACAAGAACCGAUGCAGCCACCACCCAAGCAGCUCAAAGGUCAGUUCGUCACCCAGGUUGAUAUAGACUCUCAGAGAGUCGACGGUAGACAUCCACCUGAACCAUCAGAGUCAACGGUUCACGGUCGCGAAGUUCACGUCGCAAAGCAGCGACAGACACAGAAGGAAGUCAAGGGUGAUCUGGAGAUAACAAGGAAGAUAACUGCCACCGAAACAACGGAGGUGGAGCACAAGGCCAAGACGCAAGAGCGGAUAGUGCAGGGCCAAAUCAAACCCGCCACGCCACCAGUUUUCACGAAAAAGAUUCAACCGUGCAGGGCAUUCGAGCAGGAACAGGCAAGGUUCGAAGUCGAAUUCGACGGCGAUCCACUCCCCACGAUAAAAUGGUACCGCGAAGAUUUCCCCAUCCAAAACUCAUCCGACCUUCAGAUAUACACGUUCAGCACAAAGUCCGUUCUGAUCGUACGACAAGUCUUCAUGGAAGACUCUGGAGUCUUUUCAGUGAUAGCUGAGAACCGUGGCGGUAAAGCCAAGUGUAGCGCAAACCUCGUCGUUGAGGAGCGCAGGAGGCAACCUGGAAGAGGAGGAGUUAUACCUCCCAGCUUUCUAACCACUAUUCAGAAUACGACAGUUCCCAGUGGUCAGCUGGCAAGAUUCGAUGCCAAGAUAUCAGGCACCAAACCGCUCGAUGUUUACUGGCUGAAGAAUGGAAAGAAAGUCACCGCAGACAUUCGUUACAAGACUUUGGAGGAAGAUAACGUGUAUACUCUACUGAUCCUGGAGACUGUUCCUGAAGAUACUGCCAAGUACGAAUGCGUCGCCAUCAACAGAGCUGGCGAAGCUCGCUGCGAUGCGGAGUGUACUAUCCAGUCACCAUCCUCGCCAACGAAAGUUUCAAAGCCCAGCACACCCGGGGCUGAAAAAGCACCUUUCGUUGCUGAACCGCUGAAGGACCAGACAAUCAAGGAAGGAACGGCUGUUGCCUUCAAGUGCAGAAUCUCCGGAAAACCCACGCCGACUGUCCAAUGGAAGAAGGGAGAUAAGGUAAUCAAACCCUCCAAGUACUUCCAAAUGCAGAAAGACGGCGAUGUUUGCACCCUGAGAAUCUCGGAGGCAUUCCCUGAAGAUGAGGGAGUCUACAAGUGCAUAGCGAAAAAUCCAGCUGGCGAUGUUACCACAUCAGCCAAUCUAAGAGUUCUCGCUCCUGACAAUAUGGAUGUACUUCCCAAGCUAUCGCCGCUGAAGGAUCAGAUAGUCAUGGAAGGUCAACCGGCCCAGUUCAAGACUCAAGUCUCACCACCUAAAUUGAAGCCAACAAUUCAGUGGUACCGCGAAGGCGCUUUGAUCCCGCAAUCCCCCGACUUUCAAAUGAUACACGAAGGUAACAACGCUGUUCUUCUGAUCGCUACGACCUAUGAAGAAGACAGUGGAACUUUCUCAUGCCGAGCAACCACGUCUGCUGGAACAGUAGAAACGUCGGCGAAACUCAUCGUGAAAAGUAAGAACUGAUCAAACUUAAUUCUUAAUCCAACCCAAAACGAGACGACCCCAAGACGUAUCAGACACGCUAAUAUUGAUGCGAAUACCUUUAAAAUGGUAUUAAGCGGUGAUCGGGUGACCAUUUGGCUAUCAAGGUCGCCGGCUAGUUGGCUUUAGAAAUAACAAAAAGCUGUGGAUACGUACUUUUGCUGAGUCCAUCAAGCUGCAUCGUUCGUUUUUUUUAAUCAAUACAUAUAUAUACACUUGUUUCGCUUUUUAACGUAAAUUUUUCAUCCUAAUCAUCACUCGCAACUCGGGCAGUUUUUUUUACUAACUCGUUGUCUUCUUAAGUAUUAUGAGAAAUGUGGGUAAACAGGUUUAGAUCGUGAAUUAUUUGUUACGUGGGGAUGUAAAACAUUCACAAAAUAUAUGGGUGUAUGUAUACGGGUGUAUGUAUAUAUAUACCAUAUAUACACAGCAAAAAGGUACCUGAUGAAACUGUGAAGGUGGUGCUAAAAGAGAUUUUCACGAUCGGUGAAAGUAAAACGAAUCGUUGACAAAAACGAUAUUAUUAGUUAAUAGUAACUGACGUUCUUUAAUCGAAUCAGGAAAUGUCAACGAGCAAAGUAUAUGUAUAAUAUGUAGGUUGUAAAUUUAUUACGGUAUACAAUUACAAGGUGCAUAAAUAAGAUUUUGGAAAAAGUGAGACGUAUCCGUAAAACAUAUGUAUGUAUAUACUUUGCUAUGAGAUAUUUCGAGGUAGGGGUUGAAAACCCUUGAAAUACGUUGAAAUAAAUCGGAAUUGAAAGAAGGAACAUGAACGAAAAUAUCCUGUACGAAUGAGCAUAUGCCAAUUGAGCAUAGCAAUCAACGUAAAUCUCGAUUACGAAUAUACGUGUACGGCUUUUUUUUUU